AUGCCUGUCAUCAGGAAUUUCAGCCUGCCGGCUUCUGCGAAGCUGCUCGAACUCCCGGAGGCAUCCACCUCAAAGCUGUUCCUGGCCUUUAUCUCGGGCGAUGACGCUAUCACUAAACAGCCCUGGUGCCCCGAUGUACGCGCCGCCCUCCCUCACAUCGAUACUGCGUUUGCGGCACCCGAUGCGCCUACGGUAGCCAUGGUCUCAGUGGGGCAGAAGCCAGAAUGGAAAGAACCAAAGAAUGUUUAUCGCUCGCUGUGGAAUGUCAACAAUGUGCCGGCGCUCGUCCGCUAUCAACGCGUCAACGGAGAGGUUGUCGAAACUGGGCGCUUGAUUGAGGGACAGAUCCUGGAUAAGGUCAAGCUGCAGAGCUUCAUUUCUUGA